UUUCCUCUCGUUUCCAUCUCUCUUAUUGCAAACAGUAACGGCAGCUUCGGUAAAGAACUCAAAACAUAAUUUGGUUUUUUCUCACAAGCAAGCGAAGAUUGCGAACACGAAACUUGAAGUCUUGAAAAUCGGGCAAAUACUUUAGAGAAUAAUGGAUAUCAAAGACUUUCCUUUCCUGACCCCAGAAGAGUUCACCGAAGUGUGCCAUCAUUUCGAUAGCCUGUACUGCAGGGCAAGACUGGGGCCUAUAAGGAAGAAAUGGAAGUUCAGACUCUGCACCGCUCUGGAUCUCACUUAUUCAACCAGAGGCGGGUAUAUAACAUAUAUUCAGAUAAUUCGGCCACUGGAUGAGAUAGUGGACCCCAACGAUAUAUCACUGGAUCUAGGCAAUUUUUCCAUAUCAGAUCACGACGAGCAAAACGGGUUCCUUCAAGGAGACGAUGACAUGAUUGAUGAUGAAGAAUCUGAUGCGAAUCUCAUACAUCAGAAGGCGGCGCCAAAGUUUGGCUAUGUGUCGUACGAGGUCCAUCUACACCCUACAUAUAGAGUGCCGUGUCUCUGGUUCAGCCUGCAUGAUCUCCCGCCAGAUGAGCCUGCCUUCAAUAUCGACACCGUCUUCCGUCGCUUAAUUCCUGAUAGCUAUAAAGAUGGUCUCCGCCGAGGAAUGGGGGGCAUCGGUGGCAUCUCAGCAGAUCAUCACCCCAUCACCGGGGUACCCUCUUUCUUUCUUCACCCGUGCCUGUUGGGAGACGCUAUAUCCAGCUUUGAAUGCUCAAUGGAGAAUUAUCUCAUGAUCUGGUUCGGCCUUGUAGGGGGAUGUGUCGGCCUAUGGGUACCCAAGGAAAUGGCCACCCAAUGAUGGCCCGUUGAAACUUGAAAAAAAAAGUCCUCAUUCAUUGGGGUAGCCUCGUCGUGGUUGAACGUGUUCACUCAUCGUCACUAUCCUCUUCCAUAGCCACAUCACCCUCACUAUCCUCAUCCUCCUCGUCACGAGUUCGCUUCUGGCCGCGGUUCUCAUCAGCUUCGUCACUCUUCAAAGCUGGGC